UUUACUCACCAGUGCUGUUUUUAUCCCUCCUAGGAGAGUGUUUUUAGAACUACAACGAGCCAUUUUUUUAUUUCAUAUGGAACUCCAAAUGGGAAAGGUUAAAAAGAGAAAUUAUGUACAAACCUAAAGAAAAAGGAGGAAAAGGAGUCCCAGUCCUCUACUUGUUUUUAGGCAGCCACUAUACGAGCACCCACCUGAAACAAGCCAUGAACCUUUCUAGUAAUAACAAAACAAACACGAUGACCAGAUUCUGGUGCGGGUCCUAUCUUAGAAAAUUAAAAAUGAUAAAAAGUGAUUUUAGAACUCCAGUAGCUUUUAACCUUCCUCCUGCAUAUGUUUUUAUAUGGAAAUUUUUAGAACAUUUUAAACUGGAAGGAGAGGAGAGCAAGAUUUUAACAAAUCAUCGUUUUAUUAUUUCUGUUGUGCAGGACCGGGAAUCAGUGACUCCAGUGCGCGGCCUCCGGUAUGGAGACGCCUCCACCGUUUGGCGCAACGUGAGCCAUCCUGUCCUUUCAAACAGACUCCAGGAUCUGUCAUGGAUGGUGGCUCAUGGGAUCCUGCCGGUCAGAGCCGUUAUGCACUCCCGCGGCAUGUCUGCAACGUCCAUCUGCCCCCGACCCGGUUGUGGCGCGCCGGAGUCGGUGAGGCACCUGCUGUGGGAGUGCAGCGCUGCUGUGGACCUGUGGGCGAAGGCCGGCUCCUUGCAAUUCCCACACUUAGCAAGGGAGGUCCUCCAUGGGCAGCUAGUGCUGUACGGGGUGAGCCAGCAGAAAAUAACGAAAAAGGACUUUGCUGAGAUGUGGCUCACCCUCGCCACCAUCAAAGACGCCAUUUGGACCUCCAGAAACUUGCUGGUGAGCAGGCGCAGGCAGAUGCCCCCCGUGGCUGUGAAGAGGAACAUCAAGGGCUGCAGGUGGCGCGCCAAGGACACAGCCACCAAGAAGAAUCGCCUGCGCCUCCGUGGACGAAGGAGCCGGCGCUCCACGAACAGAGGUCCAAGCAGCGGCGGCCUGGCCCUCCGGGUGAGGCAGGAGGGAAGGAGCUUCAGGGCAGGCUUCCCCUCUGAGCACCAGCGCUGUUUGGAAGGUCGGGACGGCUCCGGACUUGGGAAGGAGUCACCCCGGUUCUGCUCAACUUUUAAUACACAGAGAUUUUGUAUUUUAUACUCUUGUUCUUAGCUUCUUUUAGUCUAAACUGAUGAAUUUGUAAGUU